UCUGCUGUCAGCAUUUGCCAUGUGGGGGUCGUUGUAGUUCAGAUCCACCGACACCGGGAGGCGUCAAUGAGCACGCUCCAACCGGAACUCACCUCCACGUGCUGUGAGUGCUCACCGGCGGAAGAAGGUUUGUUUUGGUGUCGCGCGGUCUGUGUCCAACGUGCGUGUGCAGUUAUCCUGUAAUGUGCUCAGGUGUUGGACCAACAACAGACAUAAUGUCAACCGUGGAGAGCCAAGAGGGAAACAGCGGCCCGGAUAAAGAGCUGAGAGGGACCAAAAGGAAGAUUUCUCUCUCCAACUGUGGUGUGUGUGGAUCACAGGAAGCCAAGUACACAUGUCCUGCCUGUCUUGCCCAUUCCUGCAGCCUGCUGUGUGUGAAGAAACACAAGGAAGAUUCCGGAUGCAGUGGAAUUCGAAACAAAACAGCCUUUUUGACCCUGUCACAUUUUGAUGAAAUGGCGCUUCUCAGUGACUACAGGUUUCUGGAGGAUACAGGGAGAUUUGCUGAUGGUGCCACCAGAGACGAUCUCGUCCGGACUCCUCGCACCACUUGUAAAGCGAAGAGGCUGGCAGCCAACGCCAGAAAGAUGAACAUCACACUGAGGUUUCUCCCCAUCACCUUCACUAAAAGCAAAGAAAACUCCACCUUCUUUCUCAAAAAUGGAAAACUAUUCAUGUGGCAUCUGAAGCUCAUCUUCCCUCAGAGCAGCACAGAGUUCAGCCAGAGGAGGGUUUCUGACAAGCAAACUUUGGAGCAGAUCUUGACCACUUAUAUCCACCCAACAGAGUCGGACCCUGUGACACGUCAAAAGUUGAAGAUGUAUGUGCACACUCCAUUUGAUCAUGUGAAAGUAUUCAUGAAAGCAGAGGGGAGAAAGGCUAACUCUGUGAGGUACCAUGAGUUGGACAUUCACAAGAGCCUAAGAGACAACCUGAGCUACAAGACACUGAUUGAAUAUCCUGUGCUGCAUGUUGUACUCAGAGAUCAAUGGAAGGACUAUCCACUGAAAGGACCAGCUGAACCUGCAUCGGCCCACAGUAGUUUUUCAACAAAGAACGAAGGGGUGGACCAAAAGAUGAAGGUUGUGACCCAAGUUUCAUCAUCCCUACAAGAGGCUUGCACCCAUGAGGCAACUGACAUCUGGACAGGAACUUCAGAGACCAGCCCUGAAACUGAACCCCCAAAAGAGAAAAAGGCCAAGAGAGAAACAGGGGAGGAAGAACCAGAGGAGGGAGAGAUUGUAGACAGUAGUGAUGAAGGGGAGGAGAAAGAAAGUGCUGAUGAAAAUACCUCGUGUUAAGAGCUGCACUGGUUCCAGAAGCCCUGCUAAUGACACAGAGGUGAUUAAAGAUGAACCAGAAGACAGUCAAUGUUAAUGCUGGAAUUAAUAAACAGCGGCAGCAGGCAUCAUUGUAUAAAUUAGAACAUCACUGAGUUCACUGAUGACAGUUCAGCUGCCAAAGAGAGUGCUGAGGUCAGCAUGACUAAGGAGGAUGCUGUGAAAGAGCCGGGGCCUGUUCUUACCCGUCACUGUCACGGUGAAAAUGAGCCAGCUAAUGUUGCUGACAGCUGUGGAUUGGAAUGAUAAUGCCCAGAUGUUCAGGAUGAAAUGAGUGUAAAGGCAGACAUAUCUGACAGGAAGCCAUCAAUCUUGUGUCAGUAUACAGUGGACUAAUGCAACCUGACAGCGUUUUCAGUAUUUUUUUUUAACAGAUUGUCCUAAGAAAGAACAAUGGUUGUAUUGUAUUUAUGUCAUUGUAUAUACAACGAAUCAUUUCAUUGUAAAUGUUUAUAAUUCAGGUUUAGAUCAUCUGUCUGAGAGCAUUCUUAAAUAAAGACAUUUU